AUGGAUUUGCCUCCGCUUUCCCUAGACCAGCUAUUUGCCGUCCUUUCCACUACGCUGACGCCAGUCGACCUCCACAGUAUUCUAUCUGACUACGAAGAACAAGCUUGUCUCAUAAGCCCAAAGGAAGUCGAGCUCUUGAGCGCAUUCUACACAAUAUUUUUCUUCUCUCACCUACUCACCGAUCAGAUUGAGGAAGCUCGUGCGUUAACGAAACGAAUGCCACAACCUAUUCUACAAACGGAUUCAAUACAGAACUGCUUACUCCUCCUCCGAGCUGUCUGGCAAAGGAAGUACACUUCGAUCUACAAGAUCCUUCGCGAGCUACCAUGGCCCGAACGAGCUCAAUCGGUAGUACAGAGCUAUGAGAAUCAUUUCCAGCAAAAGACGUUGAAGGAAGUGAGCAACUCGUAUGAAGCUAUCAGACCCGCGGCCGCUGCGACUUACCUCGGUCUCGACCCAAUGCUCGCCCAGCAAGGCGAUCAGGAAACCAUUCAGAGGUUUACAGCCUGCGGGUGGAGGUGGGACCCGGAGACGCAGCUAUUGCAUCCCAAGCCCGUCGUUUCCGCUCCCUCGAAAGAGAAUGGCCUACAGACAGAACUAUCCAGAGUCAUGGCGUUAAUCAGCCACUAA